CCAAAACUAAGAAGACAUCUACAAGACAAUGAUAUCCCAUUAUUACCUGAUACUCCAGUCAUCCCUUCACCAGAGGCCCACUCCAACAAGAGGCAAACCGUUAAUGGGAGUAGUACUGUAGUAGUUAAUUUUUGUUGACAGUCUUUACUGGAAGUAGUCAAAAAGAAAUUGAAACCCAAAUCGAUUCAGAUUAUCUCUCUUCCUGUCAAACUAUUUCAGGUCAUAAGGGUUUCUUCAUUUUUUCUGCGCUAGCCGCCCCCCCACCCCUCCAACAUGGAGCUCCACAGACCUUGUUUCUUCAGGAUUUCAAGCUAUGGGAUGGAGAAACAUCACAAACUUCAACCCUUCUCUUCCUCCUGGAAAAUGACACUGAAUUGCAAUGCUCCACUGACAAGAAACACACCAGAAUCAUCAGUAGAACAUCAGAAAAUUUCAGUCCCACAAUUAAAAACAGCCAGUCCAUCAAAUCUCCAAUUAAACCGACCAUUACACCGACCCCGGCCGUCGUAUCAAGAAUCCUCCAUUCAAGGGGAUCGAAUUGAGUUUGGAGAGUUUGUGGUACGAGAGGCCUUACGGGAGGAAGAACUUUGGGCAGUAGCAUGGCUUCGAGCGGAAACUUGCUGGGACGAUCGGCCAAGUGACCGGUAUGUAGAGAAUUUAAAGAAGAAACUCGCAGAGAAGACUUUUGAUUCAUUAAAACGGGAAAGCAAACAGUUAUGCAGCGAUUUCUGCAUUGUGACGGUAAAGAAGGAAGAGAGUAAUGUGACAGAUGAUGUAUUGAAGAGUGUAGUCGGAACCUUAGCUUUGAGCAUAGAUUACAUGUCGAGCGGACAGACCUUUCCUGGGGAACAGGUGAAACCUCCUGUCUACCCCGACCUUGUCGAAACGGAACAAAUCGGAUACGGUCACAUUGAUGACCUUUGUGUUGCAAAAUCAGCUCGCCGCCAGGGGAUUGCAAGCAGCAUGUUGCUUUUUGCUAUUAAUCUGGCUAAAUCAGAUGGAGCAAAACGAGUAUAUCUGCAGGUUUACAAGAGUAACAAACCAGCCCUAGAACUUUACCGAAAGAUGGGAUUUGAGGUGGUCGAAAGGGCAACCGCUCAACUUGCAAAAAAGAAAGCUUGCUUGCUUUGCUUCGAAUGGUAGAGCUCAUUCAGCCAAAAUCCCCAUGUAUUGGUUGUAUUUGUAAAUAUUUAUUGUAUAGACAGAACGUAACAGUAACCAGACAGCUAGAUAUUACACAACCAAAAGCUCAUACAUAUUCUUUCCAAA